AUCAGGAGUACAUUCCCUUACCUACCGUCAAUUACUGCGAGCAGGAAAAUGCCGAAAACUUCUCCUUGUCAAAACAACGCUGUCAGUUCCGAACAUUACCAGGUGUCCUCAUAUCAACUGUAGAUGCUAGCGAGAAGAGUCAUCAGGCUGUAAAAGUUUCGGGUUGUAAUCAAAUCCAACGGGCAGAUAGUUUCAGAGACGGUGCAAGCAUGUUCCACAUAAAAAAGAAAGACAAGGAGAAGGAGAAGGCAAAAGAAAAGGACCUGAUCAAAAAAGACAAGAAGGAGAAAAAAGAGCCUAUGUCCCAGGCUGAGUUGAACAGCCUGGAUGAGAUAAAAAUACGUAGAAACAUCUUCCACUCCGGCAGCUCCAAGAGGGGGGCCAAGAAAAAACUGGAGAUCUCUAAUCCUAUUCCAAUUAAAGUGGUGACCAACACGGAGCUCAACUUGACCAACCUGCAGGUAGAGCCCCUCUCCAGCACCCUGAGGCAGGAUGUCGGCCAAACGUGCCCAAGUACCUCUGCUAACGAUGGAAACGAGAUGGAACAUAAUCGCAGCUCUGUGAAGGAGAGGGCGGCAAGGUUUGGGGAACUGGCGAAGACGAACUCGUUGGCGGGUCAGAAGCAGGUGAAUUUAACUCAAAAGACCAAAGAGACCAGUGCCUUUCCAGCUUCAAGUCCCUCUGCUCAGAAAAGGACUAAAAAUAAUUCAGUGUCCCAUUCCAACCCAAUAAGCACGGUCAAGGUUCACAUUCCAGAGGUGGUGGACACGACAUUCCCUGGUGCAAACUUGGAGUUGCCGAUCCUCGUGGCUCCAUCAGUACCCGAUUCAAGAGAGCUUGAGAUACAGCGACGCAACACUGGGGAUUUUGGUUUCUCUCUGAGGAGGACCACCAUGUUGGAGAGGCAGCCUGACGGAGGAGUUUCCCGACGUUUGGUGCAUUUUGCUGAACCAGGGGCAGGGACCAAGGACUGGGCUUUGGGCCUGGUGCCUGGAGACAAGCUAGUGGAAAUUAACAGAGUGAACGUGGAAAACAAAAGCAGGGACGAGAUCGUGGAGAUGAUCCGGCAGUCUGGAGAGUCCGUCUGGCUGAAGGUGCAGCCCAUUUUGGAGCUGAGUGAGUUGAGCCGCAGCUGGCUGAGGAGCUCUCAAGGCCUUCCCAAAGAAAUAUCUGAUGUGAAGACGGAGGAGCAGAUACGAGCAGAGAAAGCCUGGUACAAUACAGAAAAAGUCUGGCUUGUUCACAAGGAUGGAUUUUCCUUAGCAACACUCCUGAAGACCGAGUCAGGCAGCCUGCCAGAGGGGAAGGUAAAAAUCCGCCUGGAGAGUGAUGGAUCUUUAUUGGAUGUGGACGAAGAUGAUGCGGAGAAGGCAAACCCUCCGUUGUUUGACCGAGCCGAGGAUUUGGCCUCGCUGCAGUAUUUGAAUGAGUCGAGCGUGAUGCACUCCCUGCGGCAGCGCUACGGCAGUAACCUAGUGCACACCCACGCUGGGCCCAACAUGGUGGUCAUUAACCCCAUUAGUGCCCCCUCUAUGUACUCUGAGAAGGUGAUGCAAAUGUUCAAGGGCUGCAGGAAAGAUGACACUGCCCCCCACAUUUACAGCAUGGCUCAGGCCGCCUACAGGAACCUCCUGACCACUCGCCAGGAUCAGUCCAUCGUCUUGCUUGGCAAGAGCGGAAGCGGGAAAACCACAAACUGUCAACACAUCGUCCAGUAUCUAGUUACUGUUGCAGGAAGUGCCAAUAAAACGUUAUCUACUGAAAAAUGGCAAGCAGUCUAUUCAGUUUUGGAGGCUUUUGGAAACGCCUCCACUUGUUUGAACGGGAACGCAAGUCGCUUCUCCCAUGUGGUGUCCUUGGAGUUUGAUCAGGCAGGAUUGGUGACGUCAGCUUCUAUCCAGACGAUGCUCCUGGAGAAAAUGAGGGUGACAAGAAGACCAGAGGGAGAGUCUGCUUUUAAUGUCUUUUACUACCUGAUGGCUGGAGUAGAUAGCUCUCUCAGGACCGAUCUGCACCUCAACCACUUUGCAGACAACAAUGCAUUUGGACUCACGCCACAGGCGGAUGAUAAGCAGCGGGCCUCCCAGCAGUUCUCCAAGCUGCAAGCAGCCAUGAAGGUUCUGGGGGUCAGCGCUGAUGAGCAGAGGGCCCUCUGGCACGUCCUUGGAGCCAUCUAUCACCUUGGAGCUGCAGGAGCUACCAAGUCUGGCAGGAAACAAUUUGCACGUCACGAGUGGGCCCAGAAGGCAGCUUACCUGCUGGGCUGCACCCUGGAGGAGCUUUCCUCUUCCAUCUUCAAGCAUCAAGCCAAGGGCACCCUGCCCAGAGCCGGCGCCAGCCGCCAGGUUGCUGAAGAAAAUGGCACAGCAGAUGCAGGAUCCAAAGCUACAGCCAUGGAGUGUUUGGAGGCCACGGCAUCCAGUCUCUACUCUGAACUCUUUAACAUUGUGGUGAUUUUGAUAAACAGGGCCUUGAAGUCCAACCAGCACUCCCUGUGCUCUCUGCUUAUUGUGGACACGCCAGGCUUUCAAAACCCAAGGCUGGCGAAGCGCGAGAGCGGCACAACCUUUGAAGACCUCUGCCACAACUACACUCAAGAGCGUUUGCAGAGCCUCUUUUACCAGCGCACCUUUGUUCAGGAGUUGGAACGAUACAAAGAGGAGAACAUCGAUCUUGCCAUAGAUGAGUCUGAGUCCAGCUCUUCUCUGUCACUUUCAGUUGUCGACCAAUCUUCAAGCCAAGCUCUGGUGCGUGCAGUUCGAACAGAAGAGGCACGAGGCUUGUUGUGGCUGAUGGAGGAGGAGGCACUGCAGCCGGGGGGAUCAGUGGAAACGCUGCUGGGACGACUCUUUAGCUACUAUGGACCGGCUGAGGGCGAGAGUAAAGGUCACACAUUUCUUUUGAGGAGCGAGAAGGAAAACCACUUCCUGCUGGGCCACAGUCAUGGGACUGACUGGGUGGAGUACAAUGCUCAUGGGUGGCUGAACUACGCCAAGCAGAAUCCUGCAUCUGCCAAUGCUGUGAGCCUCCUGCAGGAAUCCCAGAAGAAGAUCAUCAGCUCAUUGUUCAUGAGCAGACCAGGUGGAUCUACUGUGUUCGAUUCCAUCGCUGGCUUUGAAGCUGCUUCCAACAUGACUCUGCGAAGGGCUUCUAGCAUCAGGAAGACCUUUAUCACAGGGGUAGCUGCAAUCAAGAAGAAGUCGUUGUGCAUCCAGAUAAAGCUUCAAGUGGAUGCCCUUCUUGACAUGUUGCGGAGGUCUAAGAUUCACUUUGUUCACUGCGUAUUGCCUAAGGCAGAUGCUCUGAGGGCUCUUAGUGGAUCUCUGUUCAAAGGUGGGGAAUCUGAGGCUCAGGGGGACCUCGGAGAUCCUGGCUUAAUGCAGCUAGAUGUAGCCUUGCUUCGUGCUCAGAUACGUGGCUCCAAGCUGCUUGAUGCUCUACGGAUCUACAGGCAAGGUUACCCUGAUCACAUGGUGUUUUCGGAGUUUCGACGGCGCUUUGAUGUGCUGGCCCCGCACCUCACCAAGAAGCACGGGAGGAAUUACAUUGUGAAGGAUGAGAGGAGAGCUGUGGAGGAGCUACUGGAGUCCUUGGAUUUGGAGAAGAGCAGCUACCACAUGGGUCUGAGCAGGUUGUUUUUCAGAGCUGGCACUUUGGCUAAACUGGAGGAGCAGAGGGAUGAGCAGACCAAACGUAAUCUAACCCUGUUCCAAGCUGCCUGUAGAGGUUACCUUGCACGGCAGGCCUUCAAGAAGAGAAAGAUUCAGGACCUUGCUAUCCGGUGCAUUCAGAAAAACAUUAAGAAGAAUCGUGGCGUUAAGGACUGGCCAUGGUGGAAGGUCUUCACCACAGUCCGGCCCCUCAUUGAAGUCCAGCUCUCCGAGGAGCAGAUGAGAAGCAAAGAUGAGGAGAUACAGCAGCAGAAAUUGAAGCUGGAGAGAGUGGAGAAAGAGCGAAAUGAAUUGAGACUGAACUCUGAUCGAUUGGAGAGCCGGAUCACAGAGUUGCUGGCAGAGCUUGCUGAUGAGAGGAGCACCAGUGAGUCAGCUUCUCAGCUGCUGGAGACUGAGACUUCAGAGAGACUCCGUCUGGAGAAGGACAUGAAGGAUCUACAGGUGAAGUUUGACGCCAUGACAAAACGGUUAGAAUCACAGGAAAUGGAGCUGAUGGAAGCACGGCUCAUGAAAACUUCCGAGCUCAAUGGAGAGAUGGACGACGGUGAUGAUUCUGGAGGAGAGUGGCGGGUAAAAUACAACAGAGCCGUUCGUGAAAUGGACUUCACCAAAAAGAAACUGCAGCAGGAGUUCGAUGACAAACUGGAAACGGAGCAGCAGAGUAAAAGACAUGCUGAGAGAAAGCUGGCCGAUUUGCAGGUAGAUAAUGAGGAUCUGCAGCGCUCCGUGCAGCAGCUGAAGAAGAAGUGCCAGAAGCUGACGGCUGAGCUGCAGGACACCAAGCUUCAUCUGGAGGGCCUACAGAGCCGUAACCAUGAUCUGGAAAAGAAACAGAGAAAAUUUGACCUGGAGCAAAGCCAGUUUCAGGCUGAAGUACAAAGAGAAAAGAGCCAGCGGGAGAAACUGGCUCGAGAAAAAGACAUUAUAACUGGCGAGAUAUUUAACCUUCGCCAGCAGCUGCAGGACAAGGACACUGAAUUAUACGCCACCAGUGUAAAAGUGCAGCAACUGAACUCAGAGAUGCAGGAUCUGUCCUCCCAGGAGUCCAAGGAUGAGGCCUCGCUGGCCAAGUUGAAGAAACAACUUCAUGACCUCGAGGCAAAGGUGAAAGACCAGGAGGAGGAGCUGGACGAACAAGCUGGAACUAUUCAAAUGUUGGAGCAGACUAAGCUGCGGCUUGAGAUGGAGAUGGAGAAGCAGCGACAGAGCCACUCCAAAGAGAUUGAGAGCAGGGAUGAAGAGGUGGAGGAAAUCAGGUGGUCCUGCAGUAAGAAGCUGAAGCAGAUGGAGAUUCAGCUGGAGGAGGAGUAUGAAGACAAGCAGAAGGUCCUGCGUGACAGAAGAGAGCUGGAGUCCAAACUUCUGAUUACUCAGGACCAGGUGAGCCAGAGGGAUGUGGAGACUGAGAAGAGGUUGAAAAAAGACUUAAAGAGGACCAAAGUCCUUCUGGCUGAUGCACAAAUUAUGCUUGACCACCUGAAGAGCAACGCCCCCAGCAAAAGGGAGAUUGCCCAGCUCAAAAAUCAACUGGAGGAGUCAGAGUUCACAUGUGCCACAGCGGUGAAAGCUCGGAAGGGCAUGGAGAUUGAAAUCGAAGACCUGCAUAUCCAAAUGGAGGAUGUGGUCAAAAAUAAAAUGCAGUUGGAGGAGCAGGUCAGCCGUCUACAGAGAGAGAAGAACGACGUGCAAUCUCGGAUGGAGGAGGAUCAGGAAGACCUGAAUGAGCUGAUGAAGAAACACAAAGCUGCUGUUGCACAGUCUGCCAGGGACUUGGGCCAGAUCAGUGACCUGCAGGCCCAGCUGGAAGAAGCCACAAAAGAGAAGCAGGAGAUCCAAGAAAAGCUCCAUUCACUACAGAGCCAGUUGGAGUUCCAGGAACAGUCCAUGGUGGAGAAAUCCCUUGUGAGCCGCCAGGAAGCCAAAAUCCGAGAGCUGGAGACCAAGCUGGAGUAUGAGAGGACGCAGAUCAAACGCUUAGAGAGUAUGGUGAGUCGUCUAAAGGAGAAUCUGGAGAAGUUGACCGAGGAGAAAAACCAACACAUCACUGCAGAAAACCGAGAGAAAGAGCAGAACAAGCGCAUGCAGAGGCAGAUGAGGGACGUAAAGGAAGAGAUGGCAGAGCUGUCCAAGAAGGAGGCGGAGGCAAGCCGGAAGAAGCACGAACUGGAAAUGGACAUUGAGAGCUUAGAGGCAGCAAAUCAGAGCUUACAAGGGGACCUUAAGCUGGCCUUUAAGAGGAUAGGGGACCUGCAGGCUGCCAUCGAGGACGAGAUGGCGAGCGAUGACAACGACGACUUAAUCAGCAGUUUGCAAGACAUGGUGACAAAAUAUCAGAAAAGAAAGAACAAAACCGGAGGGGAGACAGAAACAGAUUCAGAAGUGGAGGACCGUGUGGAUGGAGUUAAGUCAUGGCUGUCGAAGAACAAAGGCUCCAACAAGACUCAGUCUGAUGAAGGAAGUCUAAAGAGCAGCAGAUAUUCAGCAAAUGCAGAUGCCAAGGAGAUGAAAGAAGGUAAGGAGAAGAUGAGUGACAGCAGUAAAGACGGGAAAGAAGUAGAGCCGAACAGAUCGGUGUCUGUCAUGAGUUCCCUCAGCUACAGGAAACGCUCAAACCUCAAGGACUCCAUUGGGGGUACAGGAGAUGACAGCUCACUGUUCAGCACUCUCAAGGAACAGCCUGACAUGCCAGAUCACGCUGCCAUUCGUAAAGCCAAGUCAAAAACCGGUGAGCUCCAGGAAGAUCGAAGGAAGAGUCAGGACGAUGUCGAUGAUAAAGGUUCUGUCAUCUCCCUGGCCUAUUCUGAAGCCACCAGCAGAGCCAGGAAGGGCUUGGAGUCCCGCUGGACUUCCCGUAGCAGCCCUGAGUUUGAUAAGGAGUCCAUGGUGUCCUCUGUGGCUCCCAGCAGGAUAUCAACCAGGAGGAGCGUGCUGGACAUGGAUGAUGACAAUAAGUCGACCAUUAGCAGUGUGAGCCACUCCAGCCCACGCUCACUGCGUCGCAGCGCCUCUUGGAAAGAUGACAAACGCAGCAGCUCUCGCUUGUCUCUCGCGCGCAGCUGUGGCCUCAGUGACUUUGGUCUCCAUGUAAAUGAUGAUGAUGAUGGCCAGAGUUUGGCUUUUGGUGAUGGUGGACACUCACCUUACAGUUCCGUCAGUCGCAGCUUUUCCACGCCACCUCAGCCACGUUCUUCAGACAAUAAUCAGCCUGAUACGUCCGACAUUAAACCGGUCACUCACAGAAAUUACCUGGACCCUGACUUAGAGGCUGCAAUUAACGAGGUGCUGAGCUUCAAACCCAUUAAGUUCAAGCGAAGCAAGCUAGAUGAGUCUAGCGAUGAGGAUGAAAAAAAAGGCCCAGGAAGUGAGGACAGUAGGAAGGAGGAAAAUAAGGUCUUUGCUUCAUCAAGCCUGCUUCGAUCCUCAUCGAGCUUCUCUCAAGAUUAUGACGAUCGCAAAUCAAGCACCUCCUAUAGCUGUAAGGGCAAAAAAUCUAAAAUUUCAUCAUCAGACUCCUCCUCUGAUGACGACCGACACAGCAGAAAAAGUACAAAAGGGAAAAAGGACAAGAAGUCCAUGAAGAAAUCCAAGAAAAAAUUAAGCGAGUCAGAAGAUUCCUCUUCCUCCUCAGAGUCGUCAGAGUCCUCAUCUUCUGAUUCAGUUAUCUCGUAUCGAAGUUCCAGUAGUGUUAAAAAAGGCCCAAAACAGCAGAGGGAUGAUGAUGAUGAUGAUGAGGAGGAGCUUGCCGCUUGUGGACAAUCUAGCAAGAAAGAAAGCAAGAAGAAGCAAAAGAAGAUGGAUAGCUUGGUGAUGAAGUACCUCUACAAGCCUGACAGUGAUUGAUACAGCACAACAAGCCCUCCUGUGUACCGGAGACACCUGAGUCUUGGCAGAUCUGAUGAAGAGGAUGAAGCUGACAGAGACUCCAGC